CCGCGCGGCCAUGGCGGCGAUGGCUACCACCACCUCCUCCUCCUCCUCCUCGUCGCUGCUGCCUCUCCUCCCCUCCAGCGCCCCGGCGGCCCCCCGUCGCCUCCUUCCGUUCCCUCCCCGCACUGCCGCCGCGCCGCCUGCUCGCCCCUUCCUCGUCUCGUCCCGUCCUCCGCCCGCGCCCCGCGGCGCCCGCCUCUGCCGCCGCCGCGCCGCGGCGGGGAGCCGGUACGGUGGUGGGGAGGAGGGAGACGGGGAUGAUGGGGAGAUGGAGGAGGAGGAGUACUAUGAGGACGGGGAUGAGGAGGGGGAUUGGGAGGAGGAGGAGAUGGACAUCGAGGCGAUGGAGGAGGAGGCGCUUGGCGCCGUCGCUGACCUCUCCGCGCGGCUCGACCGCGAGCUCCGCAUCGAUGACGAUGUUCGGGAUAAAAGAAGAACCAUCAGGCAUAAGACAUCGGCAUCUAAACAUAUUCCGGAUAAUUUUCUUCCAAGGGUAGCAAUUAUUGGAAGGCCCAAUGUUGGUAAAUCUGCAUUAUUCAAUCGUCUUGUUGGGGGAAACAGAGCUAUUGUUGUUGAUGAACCUGGUGUAACUAGAGAUCGCCUAUAUGGACGAUCUUACUGGGGUGAUCAGGAGUUUAUGGUUAUUGACACUGGGGGAGUGAUUACUCUAUCAAAGUCUCAAGCAGGUGUAAUGGAAGAAUUUGCUAUCACAACUACUGUUGGUAUGGAUGGGAUUCCUCUUGCCUCUAGAGAAGCUGCUGUUGCUAGGAUGCCAUCAAUGAUUGAAAAGCAAGCAGUUGCUGCUGUUGAUGAAGCAGCUGUGAUACUAUUCAUCGUGGAUGGUCAGGAUGGCCUUGUGGCAGCUGAUAUAGAAAUUGCUGAUUGGUUGCGUCGCAACUACUCUGACAAGUGCAUUAUACUUGCUGUAAACAAGUGUGAAUCUCCAAGGAAAGGGCAAAUGCAAGCUUUAGACUUUUGGUCAUUAGGAUUUUCUCCUCUGCCAAUAUCUGCUAUUACUGGCACUGGAACUGGAGAGCUCCUUGAUCUAGUGUGUUCAGAGCUAAGAAAUUUUGAGGGAUUGGAUGGAGUUGAAGAAGAUGAAAACUAUAUCCCUGCAAUUGCCAUUGUUGGAAGACCAAAUGUCGGGAAAAGUAGUAUUCUCAAUGCUUUAGUUGGAGAAGAUAGAACUAUUGUGAGUCCUGUUAGUGGGACAACCCGUGAUGCCAUUGAUACUGAGUUCAUCACAGAAGAUGGGCAGAAGUACAAGCUCAUUGACACCGCUGGCAUCCGACGUAGAGCAGCUGUUGCUUCUGCUGGCAGCACAACAGAAACACUUUCCGUAAAACGUGCAUUCCGUGCGAUCCGCCGUUCUGAUGUGGUUGCGCUUGUUGUUGAAGCAAUGGCUUGCAUUACGGAGCAGGACUAUAAAAUUGCAGAAAGAAUUGAGAAAGAAGGAAAGGCAUGUGUAAUUGUUGUGAACAAAUGGGACACAAUCCCAAACAAGAACCAUCAGAGCACAACAUAUUAUGAGCAAGAUGUAAGAGAGAAGCUUCGCAUACUCGACUGGGCCCCUAUUGUUUAUUGUUCUGCGACACACGGUAGCAGCGUUGACAAGAUAAUUUCUGCUGCUGCAUUAGUCGAAAAGGAAAGGUCUAGAAGACUUGGUACAUCUAUUCUUAAUCAAGUCAUUAGAGAAGCUAUAGCAUUCAAACCACCACCGCGAACAAGAGGUGGCAAAAGGGGUCGUGUUUAUUACACCACACAGGCCGCCAUUCGUCCACCAACAUUUGUUUUCUUUGUUAACGAUGCAAAACUUUUCCCUGUUACAUACCGUCGUUACAUGGAAAAGAAGCUUCGUUCCGAUGCCGGAUUCCCAGGAACCCCUAUUCGCUUACUGUGGCGUAGCAGGAAGAGACCAGAUAAAAAAGGUAAAACUGCUGACAACAGUUUGCAGAGCCCAGGAAUCCCUAGCAGAAUGGUUUUAGCCACCUGAGUCGAACCUACUCCUCCUUUGUAGAGGACAAGAAAGCAGAAAGAAUACAGACUGGCUUACAUUUUUUCCAAGAGGACAAGACUGCCAGUACAGAAGGGAAAAAACUAGAAAUUGUAUGUGCAGUGGACAUGUAUUACACUAUUAGGGCUACGAUCUUUUUUCCAUAUUAUUCGUGUGCUUUUGAGCACACGCAUCCCGCCAAACAGUGUAUUUUUUUUAAAAAAAAAGUUUUUAGAGAAGUUGAUCAUCUUACAUUUCUAAAGCAGAUUUUUCAACUUAGCAGUAGUUAAUUUUAUUGUUUAUGUUAUGAAAUAGCUAUCACAAAAAUUAGAUAAUAUUUUAUGUCUCGUCUUCCUCCAACAAAAGGAACUCAAACCAUUCAUGUCGAGUAAGUUGUUACUAUGCACAGAAUAUUCUGUUUUGGUUGGUAGCCAGACUCAUGGCAAUUCUUUUGUAGGCUUGAACCUUGCUGAUGAUGAGAUGGAAUGAAUAUUGUUUCACUGCUACCAUCGCACCUUUUGUUUUGAUGCAGGCUCUCAAUGUUGUAUUAAUAUUGCAGCAUGCAUGCUUUUCUUUGUUUCUCCUUGUUUCAUACACUACAACAC